AUGUUUCUUGCGCUUUUUGUAGCAGCGUCUUUAGUGCAAGCUCUUGGCACCCGACCGCCUAGGGUACUACAACAGCAUGAAGUGUUGGGAGACGCACCAGCUGGCUACGUCUUGACUCGUCCGGCACUACCCGAAUCUGUCCUUACACUUCGUCUUGCUCUCACUCAAAGUAACAUUUCAGGUCUGAUUGAUGAGCUCUAUGAUGUUGAGGAGUUUGUUUCCCCAUUGUCGGAAAGUAUUACGGCUGUUCAGACUUGGCUUGGUGAGAACAACCUCACAAGUUCCGUUCUCUCUCCGGCGGGAGAUUGGGUUGAAAUCCAAGUCCCGGUGGAAGAAGCCAACACUCUCCUAGACGCAAAUUUCUCAAUCUUUACACACACCGAUUCUGGUAUACAGACAACACGAACAUUGGGAUACUCGAUUCCCACAGAUCUGUUGGACCAUCUUGACUUAAUCCAUCCAACUGUAACAUUUCCGCACCCCUAUGAAAACGGUCCUAAGAUGGGACGCUCCACUAUGGAUUGGCUGUUGAAUACAACGUCGACUCCUUGUGCAAAUUCAUCCUCGAUAGAUCCUGCAUGCCUGCAGUAUCUAUACAACAUACCAUCUACACCGGCUGUUGGGAACUCGAGUAAGCUCGGCGUCCCAGCUUACGUCAAUUUCUGGGCCAAUCGCACAGACUUGAAGACAUUCUUGGAAAUAUACCGUCCUGACAUGAACCCCUCGACUACAUACGCAUUUCAGAGCAUUGACAAUGGCACCGAUCCUCAGAACGUAAAUGUCAGUUCAGAAGCGAAUCUUGACACCCAAUAUACGGUGGGCCUCGCAACUGACGUGCCGAUCACUUUCAUCUCAGUAGGAGGAUUCGACUUUCCUGAGGCACUUUUGAAUACCGCAAUCUUCCUGCUAGCACAACAGUCCCCGCCUCAGGUCAUAAGCGAUAGCUACGGAUAUGACGAGAAUCUCGUAUCGCAGAAAUUGGCUUACAGACUGUGCAAUACGUAUGCUCAGCUUGGAGCCCGUGGCACCUCCGUGUUGUUCGGUUCAGGCGACGGCGGCGUCACCGGCCUGUAUCCUAACUCCUCGUGCACCGGGUUUGUCCCCACAUUUCCCUCCGGCUGUCCCUUUGUGACCUCCAUUGGCGGAACAGUUGGUUUCCCACAACAAGCUGCAAAUUUCUCCGGCGGGGGGUUCUCCAACUACUGGGGCAGACCCGACUAUCAGUCUGACGCUGUUUCAGCUUACCUUCGGCUCCUCGGUAACAACAAUACAGGCAUGUAUAACAUCUCCGGGCGUGCAUUUCCUGAUCUCGCGACGUACGCGGUCGACUUUGAGAUCGUCCUCGAUGGAGAAGUGCGUCAGAUCUAUGGCACGAGCUGUGCAUCACCGACGUUCGCUAGUAUCGUCGCGUUACUCAACGAUCAGCUUAUUGCUGCGGGGAAGCCGGUGCUUGGCUUUCUCAACCCCUUCUUAUAUACAAAGGGUGUCUCGGCCUUAACAGACGUUGUCGCUGGCUAUAACAUUGGGUGCGGGAACAGCACAGGCUUUUAUGCUACCGUCGGCUGGGAUCCGGUUCGUAAUAAUAGGUCUACUAUCCUGGAGCUUUACACACUUACGCUUGCACAGGUUACUGGCUUGGGAACACCUGACUUUGUGCGUUUGAAAAAUGCAGUCGGGCUUGUUGAUGAAGAGUGA